AUGUCGACGCCAACGACAGCCGUGGCGACGCUGCCUCCUUUUCAUCCCCAUCAUUACCCUCACCCGCACCCUCCUCAUAUGCACCCUCACUCGUCCUACGUACACUCGCACCAGGGCCAACCCGCUGUGUCCGCCAACUACCGCCCUACGAGUUCACAUUCCACCGCGACAAAGGUGACCGAUUCCAGUACUGGCAGCAGCACCAACCAUACGAGCCUGCCGUCACUAUAUUCAGCUUCGACGACCACCGCCUCUGUUGCAGAAACCUGCUCUACCCCAACAUCGACCAGACUACCACCCUUCUAUCCUACGCAAAACCUCUACUCGUCUCCUUCGGAUGGCGUAACCCAAAAGCCUCCCCGUCCUCCAGCUCAUGCCCACCAGUCUCAACACCAGGCUCAGGGUGAAUAUCUGCUCGACUCCGCUUCCAGACAGAAUUCUCAACAAGACGCCCACUACACGGGAAGCAACAUGCAUAAUCAGCCUGCCAAGAGGCGGCGUCGUUCCCAUGGACCUGAUUGGAAGGAAUUUUAUCGGAAUGGGCUCCCCAGCGAAAUCAUUGUCAUUGAUGAUGAUACACCCGAACCGGACGCCAGUGCAAAACAAAGCAGUGCCCCAAGUCGGGCGGCCGCCAUCGAACAAAACACAAACAAGAAAACAGCCUCGAAUAAUUCCCCCAACGGGCAAACUACCAGGAAGAGGAGACGAGACGAGGACCCCAAGACUGCACCAAGCUCUUCUGGGUACCACAUUCAGUACAUCAACGGCCACAGUGCUUCUUCCGCCACAAUCUCCAGUGACCGUACCACAUCGGCCUUGAAUUCCACGGCCCCCACGUCACUGUCUUCGCAGAGCCAGCAUGACGAGUCCCUUAUACCACUCAAACGAAAACGAACCCGGCAGCAGGUUGCGAAUGAGGCCAAACGGCGGGACACGGAUGUCCUCGGUAACCGAUGCUUCACGUACAAACCUCCACCCUUCCCACCGAAGAAGGCCCCGGAUGUUCGUGUCAAAGUCAUCCAUGAUCCUCCUGGUCAGCGGAACCAGACGGUUGAUGAUGAUGAUGGGCACUAUAUCGUUGUGCCCGAUGCAGGGCUUACAGAAAAAUAUCAAAUCGUUCGCCUCCUCGGCCAGGGCACCUUUGGCAAGGUUGUCAAGGCCUACGACCGAGCUAGAAACAAACAUGUGGCUGUUAAGAUCAUCCGUUCAGUUCAGAAGUACCGCGACGCCUCUAAGAUUGAGCUUCGCGUGCUAGCCACACUCAAAAUGAACGAUGAGGAGAACAGAAACAGGUGCAUUCAUCUGCGAGACUGUUUCGACUAUCGCAAUCACAUCUGCAUUGUCAUGGAUCUGCUUGACCAGAGCGUUUUUGAUUUUCUAAAAGGAAAUGGAUUUGUGCCGUUUCCCAACAGCCAAAUUCAAAGUUUUGCUCGCCAGCUCUUCACCAGCGUUGCAUUUCUCCACGACCUGAACCUCAUCCAUACAGAUCUGAAGCCAGAGAACAUCUUACUAUGCGAUCAAUCGUAUCAGACCUUCACAUACAGCCGGAGAAUACCGUCCUCUUCAGCCACGGUCAAUAGAAGUGCAACACAGAGGCGAGUUUUGCUGGAUACAGAGAUUCGUCUCAUUGACUUUGGCUCUGCCACAUUCGAGGAUGAGUAUCACUCAUCUGUGGUCUCCACCCGACACUACCGCGCCCCGGAGAUCAUUCUUGGGCUUGGAUGGUCUUUCCCCUGCGACAUUUGGAGCAUUGGGUGCAUUCUAGUCGAAUUCUUCACCGGUGACGCUUUGUUUCAGACCCAUGACAAUCUUGAGCAUCUGGCAAUGAUGGAGGCAGUCAUUGGCAGAAGGAUUGACUCAUACCUUGUUCAGAAUGUCAACAAGAUGUCUGGUCGGAAUGGUGCCAACAGUGCUUCAAAGUACUUCAAGCGCCUCAAACUCGACUAUCCGAACACGGAGACAACUCGAGGCUCCCGUCGGUUUGUCAAGGCCAUGAAACAUCUUGACGACAUCAUCCCACAAACAAAUACGUUCAUGAAGAACUUUAGGGAUCUUCUCAAGAAGAUCUUCGUUUACGAUCCCGCACAACGUAUCACCGCAAAGGAUGCACUCAACCACGAGUGGUUCAAGGAGAUGGCCUACAACGAUGACGGCACUGAAGCUGCCAAGAUUCGCCUGGAGAGGAAGAUGCGGGAACAACAAGGUCUAUCCGUUCCCGCAUAUCACUAA